UAAUUUGGCAUACUCAUUUGAUUGAUUGAUUCCUUUUUCACAGCUCCAUAACCAUGACAACAAUGUCAACAACUAAAAUUCCUUGUUCUUUGGCGCUCGCCUUAGGUCUCAUGAUGCUCUUGAGCUUCGUAGUUUCGAGCUCUGGAAACCUUCAGGUGGGAUUCUAUAAGGGAAAAUGUGGCUUCAGAGAUGUUGAAUCCAUCGUUAGAAAUGUCGUUACUGCUGCACUUGCGGGGGAUCGAACUCUCACUGCCGCUCUCCUUCGUUUACAGUUCCAUGACUGCUUUGUUUCUGGAUGUGACGCUUCCCUCCUACUGGAUGGAAGCAAUAGCGAGAAGAGAGCUCCUCCGAACCUGAGCGUAAGAGGUUACGAACUUAUUGAUGCAGUGAAGAAUGCUGUGGAGAGGGCAUGCCCUGGAGUUGUUUCUUGUGCUGAUAUUAUCGCCAUGGCUACAAGAGAUGCUGUUUCUUGGGCUGGAGGAGGACGAUACGGCGUGGAGACCGGACGGCGAGACGGGUUGAAACCCGCCUUUAACAUAGAUCUUCCGGGGCCUUCGAUAUCAGUCUCGGACUCCAUUGCAGCCUUUUCUAAGAGGAACCUAAGUGUUACAGAUAUGGUUUAUCUUCUUGGUGGCCACACUGUUGGGGUAGCACAUUGCAUUUUCUUCAAGGAUCGCCUCUAUAAUUACAAGAACACAGGGAGACCCGACCCGACCAUCGAUCCAUGGUUGCUCAACAACCUGCGAAACCAAUGUCCUCGAAAUUCAGACAACGACAAUGCUGUAUUUCUUGACCAGAACUUUCUAAGUUCUUUCGUCGUCGACAAGUCAUUUCAUAAACAGAUAUUGCAACGAAGAGGGAUACUGGAAAUCGAUCAACAACUUGCUUUAAAUCCAUUAACGAAAGAUCUAGUGUCGAAUGUAGCAUUUGGAUUCGACUUCUCGUAUAAGUUUGGACAAGCCAUGAUCAAUAUGGGAAGAAUUCAAGUUCUCACUGGUUCUCAGGGGGAGAUUAGAAAAAGAUGUGGUGCUGUUAAUUGAAUGUCAUAACCCUAGUUUUUAGGGUUGAUUAUAUGCUAAGAUAUUAUUUUGGUCUCUGUA